GGUAUGGCAUGGAGUGCAGUGGAUUCAUGAGAGAAAGUGGAACCAGGCUAGCCACUGCAGGAUAUGCCGUGUUUGGGAUUGACUAUGAAGGACAUGGAAGGUCCAAGGGAACUCGAUGUUAUAUUAAGAAGUUUGAAAACAUCGUCAAUGACUGCAGUGAAUUUUUCAAAUCUAUCUGUGCGGAGGAAGAAUACAGGGACAAGCGCAGAUUCUUAUAUGGAGAGUCAAUGGGAGGUGCAGUGGCCCUACUGCUUCAUAAAAAGAACCCUUCCUUUUGGAAUGGUGCUGUUCUUGUUGCACCAAUGUGUAAGAUAUCAGAGAAAGUGAAACCACAUCCAGUGGUCAUCAAGAUAUUGACGAAAAUGGUAGAAAUUAUACCUAAAUGGAAGAUAGUACCCACAAAAGACGUAAUUGACUCAGCAUUCAAGGACCCUAUUAAGCGAGAAGAGAUAAGGAACAAUAAGUUGAUAUACCAAGACAAGCCUAGACUGAAAACAGCACUGGAAAUGCUCAGAACCAGCAUGAGCCUGGAAGAUGGUUUAAAUGAGGUGACACUCCCCUUCUUUGUGUUGCAUGGCGAAGCAGAUAUAGUAACAGAUCCUGAAGUAAGCAAGGCCUUGUAUGAGAAAGCUAGCAGCAGGGACAAAACAAUAAAAUUGUAUCCAGGGAUGUGGCAUGGAUUAACAUCAGGAGAGCCCGAUGAAAACAUAGAAAUCGUUUUUGCAGAUAUCACAGCUUGGCUUGACAAUCGCUGCAAUGCUGUAACUUUUGAGCAAAUUCUUCAUCCUUUCAAUGAAGAGUGCGAAAAAUUCAAUAAUACAGCAUUAUCAACGGCAAAAAGGAAUGGAAGAACGCGAUCAAAUGGGAGCUAUUUGUGUGGAUUGAAGGGACUUCGCAGGCAACACCGCUCAGCAAUGUAG